AUGAGUGAAUAAGGUAUAUUACAUUUCAGCAUAAAUAGAAGUUCAAAAUGAAGCACCUAAUUAGGAUUAGCCUUAGGAGAACUAAAAAAGAUUCAUGAACCUAUUUAGUUUGGUGAAUUAUGUAUUAAGUUUAUGAUAUGAAAAUUUAGAUGAUUGGAAAAGGUAAAGAAGAUCCAAUAGAUUUAGUAGAAUUUAGUGUGCAUGGCAAACUAUUGGCUGUAUUUGGAUAGUUAUAAAUAUUAGUAUACAAGAAAAUCUUUAAAUUUAUUUGACGCAGAGAACAAAAUUAGAUUAUGGGCAAUAUGGAUGAUAGAAUGGAUGUAUAAUAAUUAAGAUUAAAUUCAUAUUAGUUGGUUUGAUAGAUUCAUUAUUACUGUCAUUUUAUUAAACUCCAUUUUAUUGGCAAUAUAAGAUUACAGUUGGAGAGAGACAAAUUUGGAGGCACCAAAUAAUUGGACAGACAGUUUCGAAUAUUUAUUUACUGCCAUAUUUAUUAUAGAGUUCUUUUUAAAAGUUAUUGCUAUGGGAUUUUUAUUUGAUAAAUAGACAUAUUUAAGAGAUGGAUGGAACUUUAUUGAUUUUAUUGUUGUAAUAACAGGAAUUAUUUCACUUUUCAUUUCUGCUAGAGUUUCAGCUAUUAGAAUUGUAAGAAUAAUGAGACCACUUAGAUCUAUUAAUUCAUUAAAAGAAAUGAAAGUUCUUAUUAUUACAUUAUUAGAUUCUUUACCUGCUUUAGGUAAUGUAGUUAUAUUCUUACUAUUUAUUAUCAUCCUUUUUGGAAUAUUAGGAUUAUAAAUAUUUAUGGGUGCAUUAGAGAAUAGAUGUAGAAUAACAGAAUAUCCUAUAGGAAAUAUUUGGAAAGCUUCGAAUUAUUCAAAAUUAUGUUAGGAUUCAUCAAAUUGUCCAGAAGGAACAUAUUGUGGUAAUCCAAAUACUUAUAAUUUACCUUAAUAAGAAUCUGAUGAUGAAAAUUUUAAUUUUGGUUAUACAAAUUUUAAUAAUAUAAUUUCAGCUACAUUCACUAUUUUUUAAGCUUUAACAACUGAAGGUUGGACAAAAUUGAUUUUUAUUUAUUAAGAAGCCUUAUCUACAACAAUAGUGUUCAUAUAUUUUUUAUUACUCAUUUUUUUGGGAUCUUUCUUUGUUGUAAAUUUAAUUUUAGCUGUUAUUAAUGAUAGUUUUAUGGCUGCUUAAAUGAAAUCAAUUAUGAAAAAUUCACAAAUUUCAGCUUCAUCUUUAUAAUAAGAAGAAUAAAAUGAAGAUAUUGAAGAAGGAGAUUAAUAAAUUGAUCCAAUAGCUUUAACUAGCAAUAUUCAUAAUGAAGAUUAGACAUAAAACCAUCAAUUUGAACAUGAUUAAUAAAUAAAUGAACCAAUUUAAUAAAACAUUAAUGAAACAAAUGCUAUAAAAAGUUAAGAUAUUUUAAAUAAUGGUGGAUUAAAAUAAAUAUCAAAAAGUAAUAGUGUAGAAUAAGUUAAUUAGCCACUUCGAUAAUAAUCAAAAUAAAGAUUCUAAAAAUAAAAACAAACUAAAUUUAAAGAAUUUUAAUUGAUUUUAAUAGUCAUUAUAGAAAAUAAGUACUUAUAUAUAAUAAUAAAGGUAUUUUUUGUCAUUUAUAACUUGUAUAAUUAUAUUAAAUACAAUAACUUUAUCUUUGGAUAGAUAUCCAAUAUCUAAAACUGAAUAUGAAAUAUUGGAUAUAGCAAAUUAAAUAUUUACUGUAAUUUUCACAAUAGAAAUGUUAUUAAAACUAAUAGCAUUUGAUAUUAAUUAUUUGAAAGAUUCAAUGAAUAUUUUUGAUGCAGUAAUAGUGAUUCUAUCAUUAAUUGAAUGGAUUCUUAGCAGUGCUGGUAAUGAUUCAAGUGGAGGAAGUUUCUCUGCUAUUUAAGCAUUUAGAACACUUAGAUUAUUUAGAUUAUUUAAAUUAGCACGUACAUGGAGUAGUUUUAGAAAAUUAUUAACUGCUAUUGCAGCAACGAUAGGUGGAAUAGCUUAUUUUAUUAUUCUCUUAUUAUUAUUUAUGAGUGUGGCAGCACUUUUGGGCAUGGAAUUAUUUGCUUAUAAAACGCCGUAUAGAUAUAAUUUUAAUAAUUAUUUAACAUCAAUGUUAGUAGUAUUUAUGUUAUUGACAAAUGAGUCUUGGAAUACAAUUGCUUAUACUUUUAUGUAUGAUUUAGAAUCUAUAUACCCAGUUAUUUAUUUUGUGGUAGUAAUUAUUUUUGGAAACUUCAUUCUACUUAAAUUAUUCAUUGCGAUUUUGAUAAAUAAUUUUCAUGAAGCAAAUAUUGAUUCAAGUUAAUAUCUUGAAGAAAAUCGUAAUCAGUAAUCAAGCAAACAUGAAUAAUCUAUUGGAGAUAAUUUAUAGAGUAUUAAAAUCAAUUAAGUAUCUCCAGAACAGAUUUAAUAAUCAUUUUAGAUUAUAAAAUCUUCAGCUAAUUAAUAAACAAAUAAUAAUACAUCUUCAAGAUUUAAGAAUCUAUCAUUAUAAUUUAUGACUACACCAACAGUUUUAAAUAGUACUCUUAAUUAGUCAGUAUUAGAAGGAGUUUCUUUGUAUAUAUUUCCCCCUUAAAGUAAAAUUAGAUUAAAGGUUAGUAAAUUAAUUAAUCAUAAAUAUUUUGAGUUGUUUAUUUUAAUUAUUAUUAUAAUCUCUAGCAUUUUAUUAGCUUUAGAUGAUCCACUUUCAUCAUCAAAUAGUGUAGCUUUAAAUGUUGUAGAUGAAAUUAUUACAGUCUUAUUCAUUUGUGAAGCUUUACUUAAAAUAAUUCAUAAAGGAUUUAUUAUUAAUGGUCCUGAUAGUUAUUUGAGAUCUCCAGGUAAUAUAUUAGAUCUUAUUGUUAUUGUUUUUUCAUCUUUAGCUUUUGAUGAAAAUUAAGCAUAAACUUUUUCAAAAAUAAAGAUAUUAAGAGUUAUUAGAGUUUUAAGGCCACUUAGAUUAAUAGUUAGAAAUGAAGAUUUAAAAAUGUCAAUAAAUGCUUUAUUCAAUAGUUUAUCUUAAAUGAUGAAUAUUGCUUUAGUUUGUCUAAUUUUCUUUUUAUUAUUUGGAAUAUUUGGAGUGACAUAAUUUAAAGGAUCUUAUUAUUAUUGUGAUAUAUAUGAAGUUAAUGAUAAAUUAGAAUGUUUAGAUAAUGGUGGAUCAUGGACAAAUAAGAAAUUCAAUUUUGAUAAUGUUUUAAAUGCUAUGAUUACUUUAUUUGUAAUAUCAACAACAGAAGGAUGGAUUAAUUUAAUGUCUGAUGGUAUUGAUAGUAGAGGAAUUGAUCUUAAUCCAAAAGAAAAUAAUGCAUAUGGAUGGGCAUGUUAUUUUGUUAUUUUUAUUAUUGUUGGUUCAUUUUUUAUAAUUAAUUUAUUUGCUGGAGUUAUUGUUGAAGCAUUUUAAAGUGAAAAAGAUAGAUUAAGUUAAAUGAGAGAAAUAUCUAAAUAAGAAUUAGAAUGGUAUGAAAUAUAAAAAAAGAUUUAUUCAAGUAAUCCAAUAGAGAAAUUUAAAAUCUCAAAAAACAAAUUAAUCAAAAAACUCAAUGAAUUUAUAUCAUCUGAUAAAUUUGAGAUUUUUAUUUUAAGUGUAAUCAUUUUAAAUACUUGUGUAAUGACGAUUUAAUAUUUAAGAUCCCCAAAAGAAUUAACAGAUGCUAUAUAAAUAUUAAAUUGGAUAUUUUUAGCAAUAUUUUCAAUAGAAGCGAUAUUAAAAUUAAUAGUAUACAAAAGAUUUUAUUUUACAUUUGGUUGGAAUGUAUUUGAUUUUACAGUUGUUCUUUUAACAUUAUUAGGAGUAAUAUUAGAAUAAAGUGAUGUAUUAAGUAAUGUUGGAACAGCUACAUCUAUAUUAAGAACAUUUAGAAUUUUUAGAGUAUUAAGACUAAUAAAAAGUGCUAAGAAUUUAAGAAUUAUAUUUGGAACAUUUCUUGUAACAUUACCUGGUUUAGUGAGUGUAGGAGGUUUAUUAGGAAUUAUGUUAUUUAUAUUUGCUGUUAUAUUUAUGAAUUUAUUUCCAUAUGUAAAAAGAGGUGAAGGAGUUACUGAUAAUUCUAAUUUUAGUUCUUUUGGAGUUAGUUUAUUUACAUUAUUUAAAUGUUCAACUGGAGAAGAUUGGAAUUUAGUUAUGAUGGAUAUUGCUAGAAGUUCAUAACCAAAUGAUAUUUGUUUGGAUUUUAAUGAUUAUGUUAAUUAUACAGAAUAUGGAUUUAUGGAUUGUGGUAAUUUUGCAGGAAUACUUUUAAUGAUUAUAUUCAUGAUUAUUGUAUCAUUAAUUAUGUUGAAUUUAUUUGUUGCUAUCAUUAUUGAAGUAAAAAUCAAUUUAAUUAUAUAUAUUAAUAGGGUUUCUAAAAUACUAGUAAAGAAGAGAAUGCAUCAAUUAAAAAAUUAGAUGUAGAGAAUUUUCAAUAAUUAUGGAAAGAUUAUGAUAAAGAUGCUACUGGAUUUAUAUAAUGUAAAUAUUUCACCUAAUUUAUGAUAUCAUUACCACAACCCUUAGGAGUAAUUAUUAUUUUAUAUUUACUAGUGGUUGAAAUUGAAAUAUUCACCAGCAUAAUAAAGAAUACGAAUGGCUUAAUUAAAUUUACCUGUUUAUAAUUUAAAUGGCAAAAAUAUGUUUUAUUAUUAUCAAGCUCUUAUUUGUGUUGCUCAAGAUUAUUUAGAAUCAAGUGGAUUUAUAUCUAAGUAUAUCAUAUUACUAUUAUAUAGUUUUGAUAUCUCUAAAGAUAUUGUUAAAUUAAAAUUACAACCAUUAAUAGAAAAAGCAUUUUCUCAAGUAUCAAACUUAGAAACUGAAUUCGAUAGUAGCUAAUUUAUGGCUGCUGUUCUAAUCUAAUAGAAUGCUAAAAGAUGUUUUAAAAAAUUAAAAAAAUUAAAAAGUUCUCUAGUUGUAGCUUAAUAUACUAAUGAUGAUGAAGUGCAAUAAUUUGUUUCUUGA